AUGAAAGUUGGGAUAGGAUGCUAUACAAUAUGGUUGUUUGGCAUUAUUCAACAUCUCCGGAAUGUUUGCAAUGGUGCUAUCCGGCAAACACAUCCAAUUGAACUUACUAUCAAUUCCGGAUCCAUAAGAGGAGAGUAUUUGACAAUUGGUGCAAACGAUUUUGCGGUUUUUAAAGGAAUUCCAUAUGCUGCACCACCUGUUGGCUCACUUCGUUUUCAGAUGCCAGAGCCACCAGCGAAAUGGCGUGGUGUAAUGAAUGCAACUCAAUAUUCGGCCAUGUGCGCGCAAAGGCCUCGAAAUCGUCAAACCGAUCCUGUCAAUAUUUAUCGAAUUUACAUCUCCGAAGACUGUCUUUACCUCAAUGUAUUCGCUCCUCCUCAGUUUACUGAUGAUACAUAUCCAGUGAUCGUUUACAUACAUGGUGGAGAUUUUCAAUCAGGUUCCGGUUCCGAUUUCUCGCAGGAAGCAAUUCUCACUAAUUUUGUUUCACGUAAAACUGUUUUUAUAACAAUAAAUUAUCGACUUGGUCCACUCGGUUUUAUAUCGACGGGAGAUGGAGUGAUACCGGGAAACAAUGGUCUUUGGGAUCAAAUUUUAGCUCUGAAAUGGGUUAAGUUGAAUGCCCGAGCAUUUGGUGGCGAUCCCGAAAAUGUACUGUUAAUGGGACAUGGUAGCGGUGCUGCUAGUGUUUCCAUUUUGGCGCUAUCACCUCGUGCGGAAGGUUUGUUUCAAAAAAUUGUUCUGCUAAGUGGAACAGCCUUAUCACCAGGUGCUGUUCGUAAUACUGCCAUCAAUGCUACAUGGAUUCUUGAUCGUAAAUUACACUGCCGUUCUUUUAAUUCCAGUGAACUCUUGGAAUGCUUGAAAAAACAACUGAAAGAUGAAAUUCUCGAUGUCUCUGGAAUGCAUUUCGAUGAUUAUGAGGAAUUUGUGCCAGUAGUAGAUGGUAUCGGUGGUGUAUUGCCCGAAUCACCAGAAAUGCUUGCAACAUAUCGGCGAAAAAUGCCAAUGAUGAUUGGUACAACCAAAGAUGAAAGUUCACUAAAAAUCUUAAUUUUGAAUGAAAAAAGUAUAAAUAUGAGUAUGCUGACGCAAAGUGCAGCAGAAGAAAUGGUUGAAAAUUUAACGCUUUCAUAUUCUGGUUUUACAAAUCAUCGUUUGAUAAUGGAAGGUUGUAAGCAUGAAUAUAUUUGGUCGAAGAUCAAUCCAGCUGUAGAUUCAUCAAUAUUGAGCGAUGCCGUGCUAAAUAUGUAUUCGCAUUUUUGGUAUGAUGCGCCAGCGUCAAGACUUGCAAUAUACUAUGUAAAGGGCGGAGCACCAGUUUAUUUAUAUUCUUUCGAUCAUAUUAGUGAAAAUUUUGAAUAUAGCAGAGCCUUUCAUGGUUGUGAUGAAAUAUUCCUGUUUGAUGUUGAACCGAGAUUUCUUUUCAAAAGGCGUGAUCGAAAUUGGCAGUUGGAUCGGAGGCUAACAGAAAUUUUUUCUGAACUCAUUAUUAAUUUUGCUAGGACUGGAAUUCCCACACCGAAAUUUUCUGGAUUCCCAUUCAACUGGACUCCAAUGAAGGUGGAUAAAUUAAAUUAUCUAUCAAUAACAGAUAGUCCUGAAAUGAAGGUUGGCUUCCGAUGGCAAGGCCAUGUUUUUUGGAAUUGGUAUACUCGUCAUUUAGAUUCUGUAGAUGUUGGAAAUUUGCAUCGUAUCGCUCAACUGGACAGACAACUCGGCGAUUAUCAAUUAGCAACUUGGAUGCUUCUAUUUUGCGCCCUCUUUUUUUUCUCAAUAUUAAUUGGCUUGGCAUGCUAUUGCACUCGGAAGGAAGUUGACGAUGAAGAUUUAUAA